GGCCCAUUCACCGUUCUACCAGACAGAAUCUUCUUUGCAGCCAGCGCACAAAGAAACCUCAAAUUACCACAGUCAUGAUUGCCGCAAGCAGCAAGUCCUUCCUCCUUGCCCUGUUGGUACUCGCUGUCGUCUGCAGCAUGGCCGCCGCCCAGUUCGGCUUCGGGAGGGGCUUCGGUGGCUACGGAGGAGGCUUAGGCCGCGGAUACGGAGGAGGCUUCAGCCGCGGAUACGCAGGAGGAUUCAGCCGCGGAUACGGAGGAGGCUUCGGCCGCGGAUACGGAGGAGGCUUCGGCCGUGGAUUCUACGGCUGACAGGAAACUUGAAUCACAGGAAUGACGACCCAACACUGCCCACAACAGUACAGGCAGUCCAUGCUUUUCAAUCCGCAAUAAAAUAUUGAAUUUCGAUACAUAA